GCAGCAGGUGGCGUUCUAAGCGCCUCUCCGCAGAAGCGGCAAGGCCGCUUCGACCGACUUCCGGUGGCGGCGUUGGCGCAGGCGCAGUACAGCUGACGCUGGAGGCCGAGCGAGUGGUGGGGCGCGAUGCCGUAUGCCAACCAGCCUACCGUGCGGAUCACGGAGCUCACCGACGAGAAUGUCAAGUUCAUCAUCGAGAAUACGGACCUGGCGGUGGCAAAUUCUAUCCGGAGGGUCUUCAUCGCUGAGGUGCCCAUAAUAGCAAUUGACUGGGUUCAGAUCGAUGCCAAUUCCUCAGUCCUUCACGACGAGUUCAUUGCUCACAGGCUUGGAUUAAUUCCCCUCACGAGUGACGACAUUGUGGACAAGCUGCAGUACUCCCGGGACUGUACGUGUGAAGAGUUCUGCCCCGAGUGCUCGGUGGAGUUCACCCUCGACGUGCGGUGCAACGAAGACCAGACGCGUCACGUCACGUCUCGAGACCUCAUCUCCAACAGCCCCCGGGUCAUUCCGGUGACGUCCCGGAACCGAGAUAAUGACCCCAAUGACUACGUGGAGCAGGAUGACAUCCUCAUCGUCAAGCUGAGAAAGGGCCAGGAGCUGAGACUUCGCGCCUACGCCAAAAAGGGCUUUGGCAAGGAACACGCCAAGUGGAACCCGACUGCAGGCGUGGCUUUUGAAUACGAUCCCGACAACGCCCUGAGGCACACGGUGUACCCCAAGCCGGAGGAGUGGCCAAAGAGUGAGUACUCGGAGCUGGACGAGGAUGAGUCGCAGGCGCCCUACGACCCCAACGGCAAGCCGGAGAGGUUUUACUACAACGUGGAGUCCUGUGGCUCUCUGCGCCCUGAAACCAUUGUCCUGUCAGCCCUGUCCGGAUUAAAGAAGAAGCUGAGUGAUUUACAGACCCAGUUAAGCCACGAGAUCCAGAGUGACGUCCUGACCAUAAACUAGCUGCAGCUCACCUGUUUCAGCAGAACAGCAGUUGAAUUUUAGGUCUCUCCUGAGACUCCAGAUUUUGGCUCCUGGGGACUGGACAGCUGUUGCUCAAGCUUCCUGGCAAGCCUUCAGUACCAAUUAGAAAGGUAGCAGCGGGGAAGGGUAGGUCCAUCCCAGCCUUGCGCAGUCACAGAUUACCAGGGCCAGCACUGCUGUUGGAGGCAGGACAGUCCCUUCCCAGAUAUUUAGCGUCCCCGGCCCUGCCUGCUGAUGGGCAGUAGUGCUGCCCGGAACGUCCCUUCUGCCCUGUAUCCCAGUGUGCCUCAGGGGGCCACGGCGUUCCCCUGUUGAGAACCAAUGAGCUGAACUCUCAUCUUCUGGGUAUUUCAGUUCUUUACUUCAAAUCCUUUCUGUUCACAAGUUGGAAUGUUCACUGUUGUACCUUAGGCUUCUGUGUUAGCGCUGAAUCUAGAACCCUCACUCAGGCCCCGUGAGCCCUUGCAGUCACUGCCCCGGCCAGCCUGGUUCUUCACUCAAAUUCCCAAGUGUCCCUAAUUUGAGAGUAGUCCCUUUGAGAGUAGUGUUAGGCCCAGGCUAUCCCCCUCUUCCCGCCAGUAAACCUUGUAUUUUGUUCUCUACCUAUGAGUUUUGAACGUCACCAACAACGGCCAGGUUAUUUAAUUUGUGGGGGAGGGCAAGGGCCCUCAUGGAGGUCUGGCCUUGGCCACUUAGCCCUAUAGGUAGGAACAAACCCAAAGCAGUUAAUUAGGCAGCCUGGCAGGAACAGCCUGGAGAAAACCAGAGAUCUAGUACAAAAAGGAAGGGUUAUUUAUUAACAGUAGUUGUCUUUUAAAGUUUUUAUUUUUGGCAAUAAAGAGCAAAACGUACGUAA